GGCCAGGCGGUGUGGGCCAUGGUGUGCUCCAGCCUCAGAGCCCAGGGCUCGGGCCAGGAGGAGCGGCGCGCUGGCCAGCCGGACCUGCUGUGGCUGGCCGACCUCACGGGCGCCCACCUGGGCUUGGCACCCAUCUCCCAGGACCCCGAGGAUCGCUGCAGCAUCUGGGAGAACCUGGUCAGCCUGGUGGACUUCCAGAGCCCGGGCUUCCCCCUGACCUCCGAGGAGCUCUGCCCCUACCUCGACAUCCCCCGCUCGCCCGCCGCCACCUCCCCGCCCGCCGUGAGCCUGCCCCGGGCCGGGACCCCCCCGGAGCCCCCCGAGCCCCCGGGGGACGUGGACUACAGGACCAACGGGCGUGUCAAGCCGCCCUACUCCUACGCCACCCUGAUCUGCAUGGCCAUGGAGGCCAGCCAGCAGCCCAAGCUCACCCUGGCUGCCAUCUGCAAGUGGAUCAGCGACAACUUCUGCUACUUCCGCCGUGCCCACCCCAGCUGGCAGAGCUCCAUCAGGCACAACCUGUGCAUCAACAAGCGCUUCGUCAAGGUGCCCCGCGAGAAGGGCGAGCCGGGCAGAGGAGCCUUCUGGAAGCUUCACCCCCAGUACGCCCAGUGGCUCAAGAGCAGCACCCUCAGAGGGCACAGGUGA